AUGGCGGUCAAAGUAUUAAUUGUCGGCAUGGACGUUGCCACGGUAACACUAGCGUUGAUGCUAGAGCUCGCAGGAGUUGACUACCUCCUCCUGGAGAAAUCCGACUCUGUCCCCGCUGUUGCAGGCGGGAUGUCGCUCCACCCGACUGUCCUCCCUCUGCUGGAGCAGCUAUCGCUCAGGGACGACCUCCUCUUCUUUUCACAGCCGAUGGAGCAGGUGCUUGUGCUAGACAGCGACAUGGAGCACAUUACCACUUACGACUGGUCUGACCGGCGGAUACGAUAUAGUGCCUGGAGUCGAUUCAUGACAAGGCCAGAGUACUGCACUGUCAUUGUCGAAAAACUGACAGAAUCCAGAGUCCUUUUCGACAAGGACAUCGCCUCCAUCACCACAAUCGACUGCGCCGAAGAAAGGAACGACAGGGCUAAGGGCCUGCAACCCCUCGUCAUGGUCGACAGCCGCCAGGAUAGCAUGCUCGAUAUAGAUAUCACCAUGGAAAAGGGCGAAGCACGAGGGGGCGUAACAGUCGAAUGCACGGACGGCUCGUCCUACACCGGUCAUCUCCUCGUCGCCGAUAUCGAAAGUGGAGUCGAACAGCUGUUUGACAAGAGCAAGGCCACGUCUACUGAAUCAGGGUGGGCUCAAGGAGGUCGUCAGGAAAUCUACUCUGUCAACCAAGCUGCCACUGCAAAGGACCCAACAAGCGCGAUAACAACGGGAACGACACACGAUACCCCAGCACCACGCGAAGUUCAGUACCAUGUGUCGGGCGUCACAGAGGCUCUUGACCCCCAAAGGAUCCCGCUCCUCAAGGAAGACACAACUCAGCUUCGACUUGUUAUGGACGAUCGGAGCUCACUCUCGUGGUGGGUAGCAACAUUGGUAGAUCACAGAAUUGCCUGGCAGGUCACUCAACGAAUUCGACUCUCUGACAAGACGAUGGGACAGAAUGCAGACGCGGAUUGGCCCUUGGAAGAUGAAGAGGCGGCCAAGGCCAGCAUAAUGAGUCAGAUGUCGCAGUCGAUGAUGUGCCCCCUUGGUGGGACGAUGGCACAAAUCGCCCAGUGGACCUCCCCAUCUGAAAUCUCAUGUAAGCGGUGGGAUGACCGCACUGCCCCAACCCGACAAGCUGCCGAUGAGUCAAUCCUCGAUGCCCUCAGUCUGGCAGAGGCUAUUGUCGCCCUCCCUCCCGCAGCAAGGCUGACUGACAUCCGUGACGCCUUUGGGAGGUACCGCAAAGAGCGAACCUCUCGACGGGAGACUGCUAUCCGCGAAUCGCAGGACCUUGACCAGCUCCUGAACGCCAAGGGCGCGAUGCAGAAGGCAUACAGAGCGGUGAAGCUGAACUAUACCCCAAAGUGCACACAAGAACGCCGGAUGGACGAGAAAUACUCAUACCGCCCUCAGGCCAAUUUCUUGCAACCCGUGCCCGAUUACGGCCAGAUCCAGCCCGUACAACAGCAUCAUCGUUCACGCCGACCAUAUAACAAUUAA